AUGUCUCUCAGUCUGUCUCGUCUGCAGACCAGAGGAAGCGCCUCCAACAACUCGCGCCCGACAACUCCUCCCAAUGCCCCAAUGACAUGGGCCUCCGUCGUCUCGCCCAGGGCUGGCCGCCCGGUCAACCACUCCGAGAAAUCCUUCGUGAGCCGCGUGGCCCGCCAAGAAGAGGCCGACAUAGAAGCCGAAAGGGCCCAGAGACGCAAGUCUCACGACUCUUACUACUUCGCCCAUUGCGAAGACGAGCCUCAAUACGACCAUCUAAAUGCCGCAGACAUCCGCCGCCAAGUUCGACAGGCGCCUUCAGAACACUACUCUCGCGGCCUCUACCCACACGAGUACGGCAACAAGCCUCCCCUCCCUCUGCAAGCAGAGCCAAGGUGGUCGGAGUUUCCGAUGAAGCCUAGCCCUUCCAAGGGUGACCGCGGAAACAACUACACUGGCGGCAACCCCGGUCCCGUCCGAGCAAUCUACAACGACGACAAUCGCGAGGUGUUCGAUGUGGCGUAUCACGACAAGACGCGUCCUGGCCGCAAGUCGAAGAACGGGAAGUCUUAG